CGCUCCCCGCUCCUCCUCCCGCCGGGCCCGCAGGGGACAGCGACACUCGCCAGGCGCCUCCGUCCCGGCGCUGCCCCGCGCCCCCGCCGCUCGGGGUAGGAAGAAAAAAAGCUGGAUCAGAGGAAUAAAUGCAAAUAAUUCAGCAUGACCAGCAGAGCAGGAGGGUGAGAUAAGCAGCUCCUGAGGACUGAAGAACCUGCCCAGGGAACCCCUGCUCUGAGGUGCUCAGGCAUGGCUGACCUGGACCACUCCCUGAGCCUGGCCGACGCUCUGACGGAGCCGCCCCCUGACGUGGAGGAGGAGGUGAAGAGAGACUUCAUUGCCACGCUGGAGGCUGAGAAGUUUGAUGACGUGGUGGGGGAGACUGUGGACAAGACAGACUACGUGCCCCUGCUGGAUGAUGAGGACCAGGCCAGGCCUGGCAGCCAGGAGCCCAAAAGCAAAGGCCACGUGGACGGAAUUGCCGUGGAACAUUGCUCAGCCUCGGGGCCCAUGGUGGUGGAGAACGGUGACCACGGGCUGCAGGACCAGCACACAGUAUUCCCAGGAGAAAUCAUGGAUGAGAAGAUGUCCUACAAAGAAUUCCUGGAUCGCAACGACUCCUGGUCAGCAGAGGAGAGGGACCUGUGCUUCAAACCCAUGGACAUGGCUGACUCCUUCAGCAUGCACAGAGGGGAGAACCUGCCGGAGCUGUCCUUCCCCAUGGACAUGAAGAGCGCGCCGCUGUUCCCGGGCCACGCCGACGCUGCCAGGGACAUCCUUGCUCAACAUGGAUCCAUGAUGGGACCUGAGCAACCUUUCCUGGGGUCCCUGUAUUCCCCUGCAGAGGCCCUGGAUCCCUCAGCCUUCAUCGGCCUCGAGUCAGGCAGAGAAUUCCUGCCAGGAAAAGCAGCCUCUGAAGAGUACUGGAUGGGAGCUCAGCAGGACAUGAAGGGACCAGAUACCUCUUUCUUUGUUGAGCCACCAGUGCCCCCUGCAGCUGCAGAGGCCAUAAGGACGAGCCUGCCCGAGAGCCCCACGGCAGCAGCAGCCCCUGGGAACGUCCCUGCUGCAGCCCCAGCCCUGCCUGCAGAGGCUGCAGCCACAGAGGGACCCAAGGCUGCAGCUCCAGGUGCAGCCUCUGUUCCCGCCGCCAGCGCCGCGUCCCUUCCCACAGAGAAAGUUGUGGCUGGCCCUGCUGGAGACAGCAAACCUCCCCAAAGUCCUGCAGCAGCAGCAACAGCAGCCAGCCCUUUCCAGGCCACAGAUGGGGGCUUGGCUCCUGCACCUGAAGCCAGCCCUGCCAAAGGUGUCAAUGACGUGUCCACCCCGGGGACAGAGCUUGGCUUCGCCCCGGCAGCAGAUGCUGGAUCCCACCAUGGGGUGGAUUUGGGAUUUGCCCCAGCAGGUAUGGAGUCCCACCAGGCCAUGGGUUUGGGAUUUGCCCCAGCAGGUAUGGAGUCCCACCAAGCCAUGGAUUUGGGAUUUGCCCCAGCAGCAGGUGUGGAGUCCCACCAGAACAUGGAUUUGGGGUUUGCUCCAGCAGCAGGUGUGGAAUCUCACCAGACCAUGGAUUUGGGAUUUGCUCCAGCAGCAGGUGUGGAGUCCCACCAGAACAUGGAUUUGGGGUUUGCCCCAGCAGCAGACACAGAACCUCACCAUACCUUGGACUUGGGAUUUGCUCCAGCAGCUGAUGACAAAGCUCAGCAUGUUAUGGGCUCUGAGUUUGGCCCAGCAGGAGAUGCAGAGUUUGCCCCAGCAGCAGAAGUCAGCCAUCACCAUGGCCUGGAUUCUGGGUUUGCUCCUGCAGCUCCAGCCAAGCCUGUCCCUGCUGUGGAUGGUGGGAACGUGGCAGCUCAGCCUGGCCCUGCAGCUGGCCCCAGCAUUGCUGUGUCUGGGGAGCUGCUGACAUCUGAGGCUGCCCUUCAGCAGGACAAGGCUCCUGCAGAAGCAGCAGCAAAGGUGGAGGCGGAAUCCAAAGUCCCAGAAGUUUGUGUGGAUCACUCAGAGGAGAUGAAGGACAGGAAACCUCCCCCGAGCCCCCGGGAGGAGGAAAUUCCCGGGAAAACCAAGCAGCCCCUGGAGGCAGCAGCUGAAGCAAAAGGAGCACUAGAAAAUAAAGACCUUCCAGAAAAAUCUGCCCCUGCUGAGAAUGGUGAGACACAGAAGGAGGAGGCUGAGCACAACCACGUCCAGCACAAAGAACCUCAGGAAGAGAAAACCCUGCAGGAGCCCACAGGUCUUCCCACUGCACAAGUCAGGCAAGCUCCCAAAUCCAGGGACCGUGGGUUUGGCAGAGCAAAACCUGCCCCAGUGCCUCUCACAGAUGUGCCAGAGGAGCAUCCUGUAGGUGUCCCACAGCAGAAGAGUCCUGAGCCCAGAGCAGACCCCUGUUCCACAGUGGAGCUUGGCUGUGGUGCUGGAGCAUCCCCUCGCUCUAGGGUUCCUCACAAAAAGGCCACCAAUGUCCCCACGGAGCCUGUGGAGAGCUGCAGAGAUCCCCCCCAGGAAAACUGGGAUUUGGAAGGUGCCAUGGUGAAGAAAAAGAAAAAGAAACCAAAGCAAAGGAGAAACCAGCUGCCAAGAGGGAUGGAGUUCUGGGAUGAGAAUGGAACAGGCUCCAGAGGUGCCAGCAGUGCUCCCUCUGGGGGGGAGUGGCAGAACCCAGCCGUGUGUCCUGGAACACCCCCUGGAAGCAGAGCCCUGGAUGUGCCACAGGAUGCUAAAAUCACAGCUGGGAGUCACAUCCUGGAGGAGAAAAACACCUUCCCUGUGCCAGCCCCAGGACAGCAGGGCCCAGAAUGGAGUGUGCUGGACGGCAGCCCCGGGGAGGAGAUGGAGCCAGAGGGAAGGAGAGGGGCCAGCUGGAUGCUGGGAUCUAAGGGCCAAAGCAGAGAGGUUCCCCCAGAGCAGGUGGGCAGGCCUGAGGUGCAGGAACCUGCUGCAGCCAAGGGAGCCAGCAAGGCCAUGGAGAGAGACUUCCCCAGGAAAAAUGAGAAGAGGGAGGACAAGGAGUCAAAAGGUGCUGAGAAGGUCAAUCUGAGCGCAGCAGGAGCUCCCUUACAGACCAAACCUUUGGAAUUGCCCCUGUCCCAUGAAAACAAGGAGCCCAAAUCCCCAUCUCCAGGGCAGGAAGUACCAGGUGACUCUGUCCAGCAGCCUUCCCUGGACACAGCAGCCAAGAAAAAGUGGGAAAAAAGCAAAGGGCUUGAAGGGGAGUCCCUCAGACAGCCUCACCUGGAGGCUGCAGCCCUGGACAAGCUCCCAGCAGAGCCAAAGGCAGCUGGAGAAAGUGCAGGAGGGUCAGAGGGAGGACUGAGGAGCCCAGCAGACGCUCCUGGAGCUCCUGUUCCAGUUCCACCAGAACCUGGGGAAGUUCCAGCUGGGCAGGGCAGGGCCCAGGGUGCUCCCAACCAUCCCAGCCCUGGUGAGGCAGGGGGCAGGGGGGUGGCAGCAGAUCCAAAGCAAGGGAAAGGAGUCCCUGGUUGUGAGCAGCAGGCUGGGACAGAGCCCAGCCUGGCACACAGCACGGACAGGCCAAAGAAAAAGCGCAGUGAAGGGAAAGGCAAAAGAAUGAAAAGCUGCUCAGAGCAGAUGAUGCUCUCAGAGGAUGGAGGCAAAUCCACUGAUGGAGGGAGGACAGAUGAGGCUGGGAAGGAAACAGUUCAUCCUGAAAAUGGCCAGGCUGUUCCUGCCAGAGGACACCCCUCAGCCAGCACUGCACAGGCCUGUCCUGCAGACAAGCCCAAAAAAAGAGGCAGCGAUGGAAGGAGCAAAAAAGGGGAAAGGAGCUUUUUCCAGCAGCCUUUCCUUGAGAAUAAGAUGGACUCAGGGAGUUUUUCUGAGGGAGCUGAUAAGGUGAAGGAGGGCAGUGAUAGGGGCAGAGAGCAGGGCUGUGUCCCUGCUGGGGGCUUGCAGGAAAAUGCAGCUAAAAUGCAAAGGCCAACUGAGCUGGGACCAGAGAAACUGAAAGAAGAUGUUAGGAAAGGUGAAACAGCUGAUUUGGGAGCUUCAGACCAAGCUUUGCUGCUGGAGAAGAGCAGAGAGGGAGCCAAAAAUCCUGCUGUGGCUGCCACCAUCAGCCCCACAGAGCAGGUGGGUUUGGCUGGGAAAGGCAGAGAGGCCGGAGGUGCUGGGCUCAGCUCGGAUGUGCCAGAGCUGGCAGAGAAACCCAGGAAGAGGAGCAGUGAUGGGAGAAGGAAACAGCCUGAGAAAAGCCCCUCUGGGCAGGCAGCUGUCCUGGGGGCUGGGGGGGAAGGCAGGCAGGAGCAGGUGGCUGGAGGCAGGAAGGAAAUGAGCUUGGCUGAGCAGAAGGGGCCUGGUUUGCAAAGAGAGAGGCUGGAGGAGGAGCUGGGGAAGCCCAAAAUCCAGGGUGGCACUGGGAGCUUCUCUGAGCAGCCAAAUCUUUCAGGCCAUAAAGCAGAGACUACAGAGCUAGAAACAGGGAAAGGAAACUUGGACACUAAGGAGGCUUGGCCUGUGAAUAAAGGGAAGGAAGCAGAUAAAUCCCCAGGGCACAGGGCAGGGAUGCACAGUCCCACCAGGGAGCUGGGCAUGGACAAGCCCAAGGGUAAAAGCAGAGAUGGGAAAGGCAAAAAGGCUGAGCACAGUCCUGAGCUGCAGCCAGGUGUCUUCCCUGCAGUGGGACAUGUUCAGCAAACUCAGUCUGAGAAGGGCAAAGAGAAUUCCAGGACUCCAGAGCUGCUGCUGGGCCACCUGCCUGAUCCUGCCAAGGGACAGGCUCCUGCUUUGCCUCUGGAGCCAGGGAAGUCCCACACGGGUGGGGAAGAGAAGCACAGGAAGGGGGAGCCUGACCCACAGCAGCCUUUUCUGCUGGAGCAUAGAGCAGGAGCAGGGAUGUUUCCUCCUGCUGGCCUGGAGAUCAGGGAUAGACCUGAGGCAGGAGGUGCCAGUCCUGGCAGCAGGAAUAAAAAUCCUAUUCCAGAGCAUCCAGCAGUGUCAGAUCCCAGCCUGGCCCCAGUCACUGAGAGAUCUAAAAAGAGGGGCUAUGAUGGAAGCAGUAAAAAGGCUAAAAAUGCCUCCAGGCAGCCUGUUCCUCUGGAGGCAGAACCAGACAGGAGUGAGGCACAGCCUGCCGUGGGAGCGGGGCUGGAAUGUGGGGUGGGAGACACAGAUCUUGUAGAUGAAAACAGAAACAUUAAAACCUUUCCCACUGGCCCUCAAAGACUUGGGAAUAAUAAAGGAAGUGACUUCAAAUCCAUGUCUCAGACCCCAGCAAGUGGCCCUGGGGAUGGGGGUGAUGCUCCCUGUGGCCUCCCAAAGCAGGGAGAGGGGGGUGCAGGGACUGGGGGCCUUCCUCCUCCUCCUCCUCCUCCUCCUCUGGGAGCAGUGGCAGAGAAAAGCAGCAAAGAGCCUGGAGCUGGUCCUAAGAAGGAGAUGCAGACCCAGAGAUCUCCUGAGCAGCCCAAAGAACCUGGCAAAGAGGUUUCCCAGGAAGGUGGGAAGAGCAGAGAGGCUGGUUCCCAGGGUGGCCAGCUCGAGGACAAAAGUCACCUUUGUCCUGUGGCAAAGGUGGAUGAUAAAGAAAUAAAACCCACUGAUCCAAAGGUGGAUGAUAAAGAAAUAAAACCCACUGAUACAAAGCACAACACUGCCAAGGCUCCCUCAGAGCUUCCUCAUGAGGCAGCAGAUCCAAAACACAGAGCAGCCUCUGGAGCUGCUGAGGGGACAGGGGGACCAGAGGCCACCGUGUCCUCUGCAGAGAAGGGCACAGGGAGGUCCCCAGCCCCUGCAGGGACACCUGGCAGCACAGGGAGGUCCCCAGCCCCUGCAGGGACACCUGGCAGCACAGGGAGGUCCCCAGCCCCUGCAGGGACACCUGGCAGCACAGGGAGCAUUUCCCCAGCCCCUGCAGGGACACCUGGCAGCACAGGGAGGUCCCCAGCCCCUGCAGGGACACCUGGCAGCACAGGGAGCAUUUCCCCAGCCCCUGCAGGGACACCUGGCAGCACUGGGAGCUGCUCUCCAGCUGAGGCAGCCGUGUCCCAGGCUGUGCCAGGAGCUGGCAAGGACAGGAAGGCUGGAGGGGCUGAGCAGGGCAGGGACAUGAGGAAUGAGCAGAGCUCUCCCCAACACCAGGACACUGAGCCUAAGGCUGCUGGGACAGCUGCCCAAACUACCCAAAAACAGCCCAGGGAGAACAAAAAAGGUCCCUGUCAGCCUGCAGAGGAGGGCCCUGCUCUCCUGAAGGAUACUGCUCCUCGUGCUGGGGAGGUUCUCCUGAAGGUGUCAAAGUCUGAGGGGGAUAAACCUCAAGAGAAAACCAAGGAAAAGGAUUCUCAAGCCAAAACCAAAGAAAAGGAGUCUCAGGAUGCAAAUAAAGAAGGAGAAACUCAAAAUACAACUAGAGAAAAGGAAUCUCAAGACAUAACCAAAGAGAAGGAAUCUCAAGAAGUAAGUAAAGAAAAUGAGUCUCAGGAUAUGACUAAAGAGAAGGAAUCUCAAGAAAUAACUAAAGAGAAGGAAUCUCAAGACACAACCAAAGAAAAGGAAUCUCAGGACACAACUAAAGAGAAGGAAUCUCAAGAAAUAACUAAAGAGAAGGAAUCUCAAGAAAUAACUGAAGAGCAGGAAUCUCAAGACACAACUAAAGAGAAGGAAUCUCGAGCCCCAGCUAAAGAGACAGAAGAAGAACGUGAGCAGAAAGUGGUGAAAGAGGCAAAGAAAGAGAGAGUGAAGGCAGCAGAGCAGCUCAAGGGCUACAUGAGACCCACCAAGGCCCGGGGGGUGCCAGCCCUGGUGCCAGCCCUGGCGGGCAGAGCCGUGCCCCGGCGGCCAGACAGAGCCAAGGCAGAGGAGCCCAAAGCAGCCGAGGCCGUGAGCGGGAACGACAUCACAGCUCCUCCCAACAAGGAGCUGCCCCCCAGCCCCGAGAAGAAGACCAAGCCUGCUGCAUCCUCCUCCACUGCCAAGGCGGCGGCAGCCAAGGCCAAGCCCGUGGCCAGCACCAGCCCCAAGCGGCCCAGCUCGGCCACCCCGGGCACAAACAAAAAGCCCACGAGCCCAACUGCAGCUCCUGCUCCAGGCACCAGCUCCAAACGCCCCGGCACCAGCAGCACCCGUCCCUCCACCCUAACUCCAAAAGAGACUAAACCAAAGGUCACGGAUGCAAAGCCCGCGGAGAAGAGAACCUCCCUGUCCAAGCCUCCAUCCUCCACCACCCCCAAAACUCCUUCCAGGAGCUCCUCUGCUGCUCCCCGGACCACGGCGCCGUCGCCGGUGACGGCAGCGGCCGCUGCCAAAACCACGGCGCCCACUCCUCCCAAGAGGCCGACGUCCAUCAAGACGGACGCGAAGCCGGCAGAUGCCAAGAAACCCCCUGCCAAGUCUCCCUCAGCCGAUUCCAGCCGCCCCAAGAGCGCUCCCGGCAGCGCCCCCAAGAGCGGCGCCACCCCCGCUUCCAGCGCGGCCUCCAGCGCGGCCCCCGCCCGGCCCAAGCCCAAAGCCGCCGCCCCCAAAGCCGCCACGGCCUCCACGGUGUCGGCGGACGCCAAGAGAGCCCCGGGCAAGGCCGCGGGCACCAAGGGCACGGCCGGGCCCGCGCCCCGAGCGCCGCGGCCCGCCAGCGCCGCCGGGCCCGACCUGCGCCACGUCCGCUCCAAGAUCGGCUCCACCGACAACAUCAAGCACCAGCCCGGCGGGGGAAAGGGGAAGGUAGAGAAAAGGCCAGAGUCAGCCGGCGCCGCGCCCAGCUCUGAGCCCAGCGCGGGCACUAAGGUGGCUCCUAAAGUGGCAGCAAAAGAGGGGGUCCCCAAACAGCCCAAUGGGAAAGUCCAGAUAGUCUCCAAAAAAGCGAACUACAGCCAUGUUCAGUCCAAGUGUGGUUCCAAGGACAAUAUUAAGCAUGUCCCUGGAGGUGGGAAUGUGCAGAUCCAGAACAAGAAAGUCGACCUUUCCAAAGUGUCCUCCAAGUGUGGAUCUAAAGCAAAUAUCAAGCAUAAGCCAGGGGGAGGAGACGUCAAAAUCGAGAACCAGAAGCUGAACUUCAAGGAGAAGGCCCAGGCCAAAGUGGGAUCUCUGGACAACGUGGGACACUCGCCGGCCGGAGGGGCCGUCAAGGCGGAGGGCGGCGCGGAGCCGGCGCAGCUCCCGCCGGCGAACGGAGCGGGGCCGGGGCCGGGCGCGCUGCCCGCGGCCCCCGCGCUGCGGGAGAACGGCGUGGGGCCGGCCCUGGCCGCCCUCAGCACCGCCGACCAAAGGGAAAUGCAGAGCCUCGACACUCACAUCCAAGAAACAAGCAUCUAAUGAUGACAUUAUGGUAUCGUCUUCCAUUCCCCUCCUGUCCCUUGUCUCCUCCUCUCCCCGUGUCCCCUUGUCCCCUGCCCUUGUGUCGCUGCAGAUUGAGUCUCACAAGCUGACGUUCCGUGCGAAGGCCAAGGCUCGAACAGACCACGGAGCGGAAAUCGUCGUCUCCAAACCCCCCACCCUUUCCAGCAGCACCUGCCCCCGGCGUAGCACCUCCGCCAGCGACAGCCUGGGCUCCGUCGCCUCCCCGUCACCGCUGCCGCCGCCGGCCGCGCCCUCCCAGCAAGGCUUGUGACCCCCGGCCCCGCUCCGCGCCCCGGGGACCCCAGCUUGGCUCUCUUAACCCGGCUCUGGCUUUAGGUGGGAAGGGGACGAUGUUCCUCGGGCCGGGCCGCUCCGGAGCGCUCGGCCCCGCCCGGGCUGGGGUCCCUCGGCGGCCGGGCAGGGCUCCCCUCCCUCCGUCCCUCCCUCCCUCUCCUGCCCCGCCGCUGGCCCGGGGACUCUCGAGGGUUGCUGCGGUCGGGGCCGGCCCGAGCGGCUCCGGCUGUGCCAGGGCGGGCAGAGCAGAGCAGAGCCCUGGGUUCGAGGCCAGGCCGAGUUAACAGGGAUAAGCUGUGAUCUUUCUUUCUGUCUCUUUUUUUAACCCCUUCCCUCCUCGCCGCUUCAGUUUCUGCCGCCUGUGGGAUGCUGAUAAAUCCCCUCCACACUCGUUAGGCUGUUUUAACUGUUGACUUGAACCUUUUAUUCUUUGUGACGAAGUGUUGAUGAUUUAUCGUGUUCGACCCCGUGCUAAGUUUCCUUUUCUCUUUCCUUCUUUUCCGACCCGUAGGAGAGUAGGGACAUUUAACCGCUGCUGCCGUGCUGGCUUCUUACUGACAUAUCCAGCCGUUGUAACUUCUUUGUUGUUGUUUGGGGUUUUUUCUUUUUAAUAUUUUAAAACGAUGGAGCGAGUUCAUGGGAUUAAGCCAUGUCCGGAACGAAAGGCACAGGAAUGUGUAAAGGGCAAACUUGCUGUGAGAGCUCAGGUGGAGCCUGUGUUGACCUCGAGACGUGUAGUUGGUGCUCGAGAUGUGUUAAUUGAUGCUCGGAGCCCUCCCCGGGGUGCCUUCUGCCGAGGUGGUUUAUUUAUUAACGGCACGGCCGAGCCCUGGGAUUUCUCCCGUUUUGCCAGGGCCGAGGCUGGAGGGAGCAGGAGGCGCCGUGGGGGGGCCAGGAGGGCGCGGGCCGGGAGUUCCGAGGCUGCAGCAGGUCCGUGGGGGUGUGGGGACUGUGUGGGGGUGUGUGGGGUGUGUGGUUUUUGGGGUGGUGGGUGGGGGACCCGAGCGAGCGCCGGGAUGAGCAGGGCCGUGCGGGCAGCAGGAGCAGGGAGCUCAUCCCGGGGGCAGCCCGGGCCCUCGGGGGGCAGCAGGGCAGGCUUGGUGCCAGGGAGUUGCAGCUCUGACUAGGAAGGAGAUCUAACCACUCUUGGAGCUCCUCGUUUCAAAUGACACUAAAGAAACGAAAUGUAAAUAAAUUAAAACAAAGCAAAAGAAAAGUGUUCUUGGGUGGUCAAACUAAUUUAAAGAAAAAAAAAAAAAAAGGCAAGCAGAAUAAAAAAAACACUGGGAUCAAAGAGAACUGAACCAGGCGUGUGCUGAGGGGGGCUGCUCCAGGAGGGGACAGAGGGAAGCCUACAGCUUCUCAUGCUUGUGGGAGUAUUUCUUUGGGAAGCCAACAACGACACGAUAACCCGGAAUCUGUAUUUACACACAAAGAUUCUUAUUGCACUUGUAUUUUUUAUAUUAAAGUUUGCAUGGUUUCUAAUAAAAUGGCAUUAAAAUGUACUAGUUUGCAUCAAA